ACCAGUGUGACAGAGUUCAUCAUUUUGGGGCUAACAAAGGACCCUACACUCUGUGUCAUAUUCUUUGUGAUAUUUCUAGGAAUCUAUGCUGCCACCUUAGUAGGCAAUAUAAGCAUAAUCACUCUAAUAAGAAGCUGUUCCCAGCUUCACUCUCCCAUGUACCUCUUCCUCAGCCAUUUGGCUUUUGUGGACAUCGGCUAUUCCACAUCAGUCACACCUCUAAUGCUUGUAGGAUUCCUUGGACAUGAAAUGGCCCUCCCAGUCACUAUCUGUGAAGCUCAGCUCUAUUCUGUGGUCACAUUUGGGACAGCUGAGUGCUUCCUGCUGGCUGCCAUGGCCUAUGACCGCUAUGUGGCCAUCUGCUCUCCCCUGUUCUACUCCACCCACAUGUCUCCGAGAAUCUGCAUUCUCUUCGUGGGGACUUCCUAUCUGGGUGGGUGUGUGAAUGCUUGGACAUUUACUAGCUGUCUAUUGCGUCUGUCUUUCUGUGGACCAAAUCAAAUAGAUCAUUUUUUCUGUGAUUUCUCCCCUUUGUUGAAACUUUCCUGCUCAGAUAUCUCCAUUAUUCAAAUUAUCCCUUCUAUUUCUUCUGGCUCCAUCAUCGUGGUUACUGUGUUUGUUAUAGCUCUCACUUACGUCUGCAUCCUCAUCACCAUCCUGAAGAUGCGUUCCACUGAAGGACGACACAAAGCCUUCUCCACCUGCACGUCCCACCUCACUGCAGUUACUCUCUACUAUGGAACUAUUACCUUCAUUUAUGUGCUGCCCAAGUCCGGCUACUCAACUGACCAGAACAAGGUGGUGUCUCUGUUCUACACAGUGGUGAUCCCCAUGUUGAACCCCCUCAUCUACAGUCUGAGGAGCAGAGAUGUAAAGGAGGCUCUGAGAAAGGUAACUGUCAGAAUAUAUUCUUAG